AUGGCGGGUUUGAUCCCAGAGGAGAUGAAGGGCGAUGGAUUGGGAUCGACGUCUGCGGCCGCUGCACAGGGGGCGGGCUCCACGCUGGCUGGGUCGUCGUCGCGGAAAGGGGGGGACGAUUUUAGGGACGAUCCUCAGGAACUGGUGCAGAGCGUUGUUGACGGCUGGAAUAAGCUACGCGGCCUUCUCAGCCAGGCAGAUUCCAGACUCGCCAUUCAAGAUCAGGCGUGGCAAGCGCUGCAUGGCCGACACCAGGCCCUACUCGAGCAGUAUACGCAGCAAAGCCAUGCACUCGAAGCGCUACGCGACGAACAAAAGGCCGAGCGCGCUUGCGCCCACGAUGAACUGGAGCAGUUAAACACACAGCUGACCGAGGCAGCCGCUGCACACAGCUGUGAAUUGGAGGAUCAACGCGAAACGCUCAAAUCAACAGCUCAAGCUCUCGCCAUUCAGGAAGGCGAAAAUGUACGUUGCUACGAUCAGCAGGGACAUCUGGGCGAAGCUAAGAGUGCCCUCUUGGAGGAGCUUGAAGAUCAAAAAGCCCUGAUUGCCGAGCAUGAGGACCGUCAACAGCAAGUUACCCAGAGGCAAGAACAGCUUGAAGCAGCCCUUCGUCUUGCUACCGAGGAGCGCCACGCGCUCGCCCACGAAGUGCAGGCCGCCCAUAAACUCGGUGCCAAGGCGCAGGAACAAGGCAGCCAGACACGGGCGGCGGUGCAUGCGGUUGCUGCACAAGCCGAGGCAAUCUUGCAAAGCCUGAGUCAUGCCUCGUCUGGUCCAGACACUUCAACCGCCCUUGACAUGCCCGAGCAUCCACAAAGCGUAGCUAGUCAAGAAUGGCAUCGGGCCGAGGCCCAGAGCACUCGCCUGUUGGAACAGCUAAACAGUGAGCGGCAGCAAAAGGCCGACUUGGAACAGACUCUUGCCGAAGUUGGACAGCGCCUGGCUGAGCUACGCGAGACGGCGGCUGAUGCCCUCAAGCUGGAGGCUGAGCGAACCCGUUGGCAAGUGGCCCAUGGCGAGCUUGAGCAUGAGCUCGCACAGACCGAGUCAAAACUACACAAGCAACGCGAGCAAGCGUUGAGCGAGCGCGCUCAACUCGAGUCUGCAACACGUCUGGUAGAACAGCAGCUGACAACACAAGGCGAUGCGCUGACUGCUUGUCAAAGCCGGCUCGCGGCACGAGACGAGGAGCUUCAAGAAGCCACUCGGAAACUUGAGGAGCUGGAGGUGGAGCUCAAAAGCCGACGCCAGCGCGAGGAUGUGCUAGAGGAGCAGGUCCAGAGCACGUCCCAUUGCCUACAAAUGCAAGUGCAAGAGCGCACACAGCAAGAGCAUGCGGCAACAGAUGCUGCACACGCACUCGAGACACUGGGCCAGGAUCGAGAUCGUUGGCACCGCAAGUAUCUGAAGCAAACGGAGGAGCUCAAGAUGGCACGGCAACAGGCAGCAGUGCUGCACCGCGAGUUGGCAGCUGCCCGGCGUGAUCUUCACCAGUGCAAGGAGCAAGCACUUCAAAAUCUGCAGCGGUGUCAGAAAGCCGAGGCGCAGAUACGACAGGAACAGGUUGCAGCCCGCAGUGCUCUGACCGAGACCAAUAGACUGCGCCGCCAGCUUGCCCGGCAUACGGGACGCCUGGGGUUGCUCAACCCAACAGCGGGAGGUGGUGAGAAGAGGGGUGACCAGAACGCGGGCGCCUCAACAAGUGACCCCGCGUGUGUCGUGUCCACCAAAGAGUAUGACUACUGCAGUCCCCCACCAACACCACCGCGCCCAGCACCCAGCUCGCACCCGCAAGGAGAGGUCCAGGCAGCAACAGAAGAAGUGACACCGGCAAAGGCUGUCGUCCCAAAGACGGCAGAGGCAAAGUCGGUGGGGGUGCUGGCAAGCAGUGGCAAGACUAAGCACAUGGCACGAGUCUCAUUUGAUGAAGGGCAGCUGGAAUCUGAGUCGGACGGUGACUCUGGUGACACGGUGCCCAAGCGCGCGGCGCUGACGGAGGUGCUGGCGCCCAAAGAAGUUACUUGCAUUGAUCCCCGUGACCGGCCGGCCGGGGCACCGCGGCCCGAAGAGUACUUUCCGACGCCCGAGGGUCAAGACUUUUCCUUCAAGGCAUUCUUCGACGCCAGUGUAGCAGCCGAUCAGGAGUGGCGUGAUCGUCAAGAAACAGGCCACGUCUUGCCGGAGGAAGAGGUGCUGGAAACGGGGCCACCCCCGGCCGGGCUGUCCCAAGAUGCAAGUUGA